AUGUCACAACCCAAUUUUCUAGGGGAUUCAUCCCCAUCGUUUGAUGAUCAGAGUAGUAUAGAUGAUAUUGAUGGUGUAUCACAAGAACAAUAUUCAUUCAAUAUAAAUGAGAGUGCAGACAGUGAGACUGCAUUCUCAAUCAUCAAGAAAGUUCGUACCAAUGGCAAUGCAUUUGGAUCAGUGUUGGGAUCGAAUAGAGGAACACUCAAACAUACUCCCAUCUUCAAACCAAAGGCAUCAAAGGUGAUCAACGAUGUUGUUCACGGACACAUGGACGUCCCCAAUUAUAUACUCGACUUUGUCGAUUCUGUACAGUUUCAAAGAUUACGUGAUUUAAAACAACUUGGUACUACCUCUUUUGUUUUUCCUUGUGCUUCUCAUCAUAGAUUUGAACAUAGUUUGGGUGUUAGUCAUUUGGCAGGUAAAUUUAUAGACAAGAUUAAAUCAACACAACCAGAGUUGGAAAUAACAGAAGAUGAUCAAAAGUUUGUUAGAAUCGCUGGAUUGUGUCAUGAUUUGGGUCAUGGACCAUUUUCACAUGCAUUUGAAUCUUGGGCAAAUUCUACUGGAAAAAAAUUCCAUCACGAAGAAAUGUCAUUGAAAAUGUUAAAUUAUUUAAUUGAUGAUAAGGGAUUGGAUUAUAGUACAGAUGAUGUUAGAUUUAUUGGAUCAUUAAUUACUGGAGAACCAUACACAACGGGAAAAAGAUUCAUGUAUGAUAUAGUAGCCAAUCACCGUAAUAGUGUAGAUGUAGAUAAAUUUGAUUAUUUGGCUCGUGAUUCUUAUUGUUUGGGUAGAGCUAUCGUUUGUGAUUUUACUAGAUUAAUGGAAUUUAGUAGAGUAAUUGAUGAUGAAAUAUGUUUUUGUAGUAAAGAAGUUUAUAAUUUAUAUGAAUUAUUCCAUACACGAUAUAGUCUUCACAAGAUUGUCUAUACUCAUAAAGUUGGAAAGGCAAUUGAAUACAUGGUUUCAGAUGCUUUAAGUGCCGCUGAUCCAUACUUGAAGAUUUCUGAUCAAUUGGAUGAUCCAAAAGAAUUUAUUAAUUUAACAGAUAGUAUAUUACAAAGAAUAGAAUAUUCAAAAGAACCAGAAUUAAAAGAAGCAAGACAAAUCAUUCGAAAUAUUAGAACACGUAAUUUGUAUAAAUUUGUUGAUGAGGUUAUCAUCCCGGUUGGAUCACAGUUUGCAAAACAACUUCCACCCACCCUUAGUCAAGAGAUUGCAAAGGUUGGAAACGACUUGUUAGAGAGUGACUUUAUCAUUCACGAUCUCAAAUUAAAUUAUGCAUUCAAAGACAAGGACCCUGUUGAAAGUACACACUUUUACACUAGAUAUGAUGACUCGACAAAGGUACAAAUCCUUAAAGAACAUGCAAGUCAUCUUAUUCCAAGUCAAUUCCAAGAGUCAAGAGUGAGAAUAUUUUGUAAAACUAAAGAAAAGUGUGAAAAUGUACAAAUAGCAUUCAGAAAGGUUUUGAAGAAUUAUGAUAUCCAACCAAACCCAUCUUUCACAGUCAGUCCAUACAAGAAAAAACCUUUAGAUAAGAAUUAA